AUAUCUAGUCAAAAGCGCAUUCUCAUCAUUUCUCAAAUUUUAUCUGGACUAGACACUCCGGUGCCUGACCUUGAGUGAUAUUCUACACAAUUCAAAUAUUGAAAAAUGUCUCUGUUCGAAAGUUAUUUUUUAUGAAAUUGUGAAUCAGUGUAUUAAUGAAUAAAUUCAUAAAACUACAUUUUCUUCUCUACAUAUCUUGAUGUGGAGGCUGCAUAAUUUAAAGGUUGAUAUAUAUUACCAAAGUGAUAAUAUUGAUAAGAAAUGACUCAACAAUCAAAAUACAUAGAUGAAUUAUUAUUUGUCCUAUUUGUGUGCAUAUGAAAUAUAGAAAAAGAUAAUUGAAGAAUAUUUGCUUCAUUCCUGAACAUGAAACCAAGUGAUUGAAUUGGAAUCGGUAAUAAGAUUCUUGAGAGAAAAUACACCGAACUAAAAUUGUCGAAAUUUUUUAAACCUAUUGAAGUAUUUUUACAUAGGUACAUAAUUGAAUAUAGGACUCUUUAGGUUUGAAAAACUCAUUUGUUGUUGAUUCAAUAUUAACAAUUGAUCCUCCUUAUUCAACAGCUUUAUCACAAGAUGGCCAAAUAAUCCAUGUGACAGCUCAAAAUAAUUUAAUUUUGAAAUGUGUAGUAAAAAACGUAAUUAGAGAAAUUUAUAUGUAUCAACAAAAAAACAUAGGUGAUUUGAAAUCUGGCCAUAUUUCAUUAAAAAAGCUGGACAUUCAAAGGAAUGCGAAUAUUUUUUGAUUAUCAUUUCAAACGAAUAAUCAUAUAAUAUAAUAAUAGGAUGAAUGUUACACUAAAUGGUAAAACCAUCAACUUGAAACAAUAAUUGCAAAACCUGCCGAAAUAUUAUAUGGUUCACAAAUAAUGUGAAAAUCUUUUCAGUGGGUCUCUUGAGAGUGAUAAAAAUAACACUAUAAAAUUUGGCGGGAAAAGAAAAUCUACUUUUUCUUAAGAAUGAACCUUUUGAAAAAUGGAUGCGUAUCUAUGUUCUUGAAGCAAAAAACAUCAAAUUUUCUGUGCUUUUAGUGAUAUAAUCUUAUCAAAAAUUGACAGAUAAACCUAUUCAAGCUCAAGCUGCAAAACCUUUCUCUAACACACUUUUGAAUCAACAAGAAAGACGAUAAUAUUCGAAAACAUGCAAUAGGUGAUCAUAGUUAUCCAAAGAUCUGAAAUGAGGAAGCUUUUCAAACAUUUUCUCUAAAAUAAAACCAAACAUAGAGCACAGCACACAAAUGGUUAAAAAGACGCAUACAAUUUUUGAAAACGACUUUCCAAUUCUGAGGGUAGUUCUUCCCUUCGUAGCAGGUAAAAAAUGUAUUUUACGAGUUCCUAAAAUCCUGAUAACAAAAGGUUUAGGAUUUGCAUUGCGAGGAAACGAAGAUGAAACAAGUUACACAUGAGAAGUCAACUUUUGACCGACUUGACGAAGAACUACUCGAACUAUACCAAUAUUUGAAAAAGAAAAAUUUCCAAGAAGGAGAAAUCAGUCAGAUAUUUGAACCGUUGUUGUCAGAAAAGAAGAAAGCAAUAAAAAAAUAUAUUCUCAUUUUAAUUUCCAUAUUUUUGCUUAUGAAUGCACUAGUGAAAACUGAAAUUGGUUGGUGGUACAUCUUGUCCACUUCAAGAAUGUUUUUAAUUAGGAUUAAGCCAAUUUAUGAAUGGAGUCAUCUUAAGAAUAAGGAAUGUCUGAUUUUCAAAUGGUGGCAAGAAGAUAUUACGAAGAAUUCGAUACCAAAUUGUAAUUUUUGCGAGAAUAUAAAAGAGAUAGAAGUUCUUCAACGCUUGGACAACGAUGAAUUAGGAGAGUUUUAUAUAGAAGUACAGAAACCUGUAAUAUUGGAUUAUGAGGGGUUACCCUCAGUGUAUUAUGUGUGGACUAGUCUUCUUCAGGAGGACGAUUUCUUAUCAUCGUUCCCGUGUUCUUUGGAGACUAACGUAAUGGAAGAAGGGAGUGUGAGAAAAAUCUUGAGGAAAAUAUCGCUUUUCAGAAAUUUUUUCGUUCAUUUUCAAAACUGUGCUUACGAAAAUAUGAAAUAUUUAAGAAAAAUCGUUUCAAUGCCUGACCUGGCUUCCAAACACAUUUCUCCAGUACAAUACAACUGGUUGAUAUGGUCCAAAAAUUACACGUUUUCUGAAUUUAAAACAAUCGAUUUAGUUGAUUCAGAAAAUGUAAAGUUGAUUUGCCAAGUGGGUGGUGAGGCUAAGUACAAGCUUUCUCCUCCAGAGGUCUGUAGACAAAGUUGUCGUGACAUUGAGGUAACGUUGCGAAAGAAACAAAUUCUUUUUUUCACAAAUUUCUGGAGAUUGGCGUAUAAAAUAUCCCAACAUGAUGCAGUCAUUGAGAAUGUUGCAUUCAUAUCAGAAGCACAUUCAAUUUUUUGAACAUUAAUCAGUUGAAAAUACUUAUAUAAUGUAUUCUGAUUCAAAUUAUGGAUGAUGUAUUAUUAUUGAUGUAACUAUAUUCAAAAUCCAGUGAUUAAUAAAUAUUUUAUUGACUAAA